AUGGCCCCUAUCGUUGUCUUCAUCACCGGUGCCAACCGUGGCUUGGGCCAAGGGCUGGUCAAGGGUUUCAUCGCUAAACCGGACCAUAUUGUUAUAGCUGCCGUCCGUGACUCAGCGCACUCGACCGCUCAGGCACUCGCCGAGCUACCCGCAGGCGAGCGCAGCCGUAUUAUAGUAGUAAAGUACGAGGCGAGCAUUGAGCAGUCGGCCUUUGAUGCAGUCAAAGAAGCCAACGACCAGGGCAUCAGCCAUCUUGACAUUGUCGUCGCUAAUGCAGGCAUUGCCAAAUUAUAUCCACUUGUGAAGGACGUCAAGCGGGCCGAUAUAGUCGAGCAUAUUGACGUCAACGUGUUAAGUGCCGUGUCUUUGUACCAAGCAACACGCGAUCUGCUGCAGAAGUCGACCGGAAAGCCCAUCUAUGCCAUUAUGGGAUCCGGGGCUGGUGGUCUCGCACGUCAACCUCCAGUCCCCAGUGCGGCAUAUGGCGCAUCGAAGUCGAUUGUCAACUGGUACGGUGUCCGGAUUAACGCCGAGGAUGAGUGGCUCAAUGCGUUUGUCUUGGAUCCCGGCUGGGUGCAGACCGAUAUGGGCAAUGCUGCUGCGCAACUUUGGGGCAUGAAGGAGGCGCCGGAUACCUAUGAGAAGUCCAUUACCGGCAUGGUUGAGGUUUUGAGUACGGGCACCAAGGAUCAGUAUGGCGGCAAGUUAGUGCGGUACUCGGGUGAGGUUCUAGAAUGGUGA